UGCAUAAUUACGUUUGAAUAAUCGAAAACAAUCAUAUUGAUUAUUGUGUAACUGACGCAGUACAAAUAAAGUCAACCGUUUCAAAACACGCCACAUAACGACCUCACAGGAUAUAGCCGCCAAGAUGCCGAACCGUACUUUUUCGUUCAUUUGCACCGUCUUCCUGUUUGCUGUGGUAUUUUUGCACUGUCUACGCGAUGCAAAUGCAAAAUCUUUGCUCAAAUUUCAAGGUAGGUAUUCGUACUAUUUUGAUUAUCAAUGAGAAAACCAACCGUUGGCGUCGCAUUCUUUUUCAUUUUCAAAGCUAGCUGCGUAUUUUGGAUUCCGUUUACGCGGGGAAUGAAUGAGAUGAAUUCAAAUUUGCGGCCGGUUCGUGUUGACAUGAAACGCGUGAGCCGGUGAGGCGUUCAGUGCACAACUGGUUUGACUUUUGAGCUCCCGUACGAAUUUUCGCAUUUUGACAAAUGAACCAGUAUAUUAUAUGGUUCCGAACUGAUGUAUAGUUUUGGCCAACUCUUGCCUCUUGGUAUUCAAAUUUUGGCCGAGAAGUGAAAAUUGACAUUUAUCAACAAGAACGCGUUGAUAUCAAAGCAUCUGGAAUGAAAAUUUCAACAUAUAGGGAAGUAGUUCAUAUACAAGGUCAUGUUGACAAUUGAAAGCCUGCGUUCGCGUCAAGAACGGACGGGACUGGACAUUUUGUUUUGUGUCGUACGGGAAUUUGUUUUAUAGAAUUAUAGCUGUGUAAAAACUGUGCUCGAACCGUCCGUUUCACGCGAACGAGCAGGGCGAAACUUCAAGACAUUUCAUGUCUCGAUUGUGCUACCGUACCGGAACGCGAACAAUACUACAAUAUAUUGUUACAUUAGACACAAAAAUAUAUUCCAUGCUGUGACUGCUUCAGCAAUGACCAAUGGCAAUGUUCUUUGACUUCUUUAUGCGGCGCAUCCAGACAUUUUUGCCAUUUUCGGGCUUUAUAAUAUUUCCCGUCGGUAGUUCCUAUCUUUUGCUAAAAUAAAAGUUUUCUGAUUUUAGACGGUCAAAUAUUUCUAACAUUUCUUAGUGACGUGCAUACAUCACAGACACGGCCGCCAUAUUCAUUUGGGUGAACUAUUAAAGGGACCGCUUUGCUUGCAAAUCGGCAAUUCAAAUGACGUCCUACGGCGACGGUUUUAAAUACACAGAUAUGAAAUAAUCCAAAUCUAUUUUCGUUUCGUUUACAUGGCUAUCAACUAAUUAAACAAAUCAUUUUACGGUUGAAAUGCGGUUUUAACGUCUUUAACGGCUCUUGAAAUUCAAAUAUUGAAUUUGAAAGCUCAAGUCAACACAACACACAGUUUUGACCACAAAAUAAAGAUCAGUAACAGAAGGGCCACUCAGCGGUGCAACGUGUCCGCGUUUUUUUAUGCAAAAAUAUGCAGUUUACUGGCCAGAAGGUGGAGCAACCUCGCAAGGGUGGAGCAGCCAGCCAGUACAGCGUGUUUAUUGGCCAGAAAAUGUCAUUGACUGGCUAGGAAAAUGGCGGCCAACAUGCGUAAUGCGACAUGUGCGAGGACAGAAACUUCAAAGCUUCCGACGUAAGUGGCCCUUCUAUAUGGAUCUUUAUUCUAUCGUUUUGGCUAUUGCUUACCGAGCCGAAAGCACAACGGUUUUCCCCCUGUGCAAUAGGGUGCAAUAGGGCACAACUGGGUCAUUAGACCAUCGGAAACAAAGGAAACGCACGUCACGAACAGUCUUCGGCUUUGCAAGUCUCGUUGAAGGUCAUGCAUAUUUAGUGUCAAUCUGUGAAUCUGAGGCCCCGUUUACACGAGACAUCUGUUAUAGAUAAUACUCUGACCGAAAUAAAUCCGUCUCGGUUUGACCACGGUUAACCGUGGUUUGACUUCAUCCCGGUCUCAUGGAAAACGGAGCUUGACUACAUGAAAUUAUAACUGAACUGACUUGAGAAAAAAACCGAACUCGCCUGAGACAGAGAGACGAAAAAUCAUCAGUGAAACAUAGUUUGAACAUAAAAUUUUACUUUUUUCAAGAUUCAUUUAACCCGACGGCACGUCCAACCAAUGAAAAGGAAGUUCAACAAACGACAACCACGAAUGCACAACCAAGUGAGAGCACGAAAUACGCGAGCACGGAAGAGAGUGAAGAAUUAGUACCGCCCACUGUAAUCGUCGUGCCUACGACAGAAGGUAAAGUUCUAUUAACCACUAAAUUGCAUUUCAUUUAUUUGUGACUGUAUGCAGUCAUAAACGAGCGUGUGAUUCAAAUUGUUGAUGGAGAGAGGCCUAUUUGAGAGCGGAUGACUUAUUAAGAAAAAGGCUUAUAAGACUGGUGGGCUUAUUAGAGAGGAGAGCUUAUUAGAGAGAGGGUUUAUUAGAGAGAGAAGGCUUAUUAGAGAGAGGGCUUAUGAGAGAGACAGCUUAUAAGACUGGUGGAUUUAUUAGAGAGGAGAGCUUAUUAGAGAGAGGUCUUAUUAGAGAGAGGGUUCUUAUUAGAGAGAGGGCUCUUAUUAGAGAGGGCUUUUCAGAGAGAAAGCUUAUUAGAGAGAGGGGCCUUACGAGAGAGGUCUUAUUAAAGAGAGGGCGUAUUAGAGAGAAGACUUAUUAGAGAGGAGAGCUUAUUAGAGAGAGGGCUUAUUAGAGAGAAGACUUAUUAGAGAGGAGAGCUUAUUAGAGAGAGGGCUUAUUAUAGAGGGAUUGUCCGAGAGAGGGCUCUUAUUAGAGAGAGACCUUAUUAGAGAGGAGGACUUAUCAGAGAGAAGGCUUAUUAGAGAGAGGGGCCUUACGAGAGAGGAAGUCUUAUUAGAGAGAGGGCUUAUUAGAGAGGGGACAUAUUAGAGAGGAGAGCUUAUUAGAGAGAGGGCUUAUUUAGAGAGGGAUUGUUAGAGAGAAGGAUCGUAUUAGAGAGAGACCUUAUUAGAGAUCGAGGAGGGCUUAUUAGAGAGGAGGGCUUAUUAGAGAGAGGGGCCUUACGAGAGAGGUCUUAUUAGAGAGAGGGCUUAUUAGAGAGGAGGGCUUAUUAGAUAAGGCUUAUUAGAAAGAGAGCUUAUCAAAAAGGAAUUGUUAGAGAGAGGGGUCGUAUUAAAGAGUAGCCUUAUUAGAGAGGAGGGCUCAUUAGAAAGGGCUUGUUAGAGAGAGUGGUCUUAUUAAAGAGUAACCUUAUAAGGGAGGGGGCUAAUUUUUGGAGAUGGUUUAUUAGAGACAGGAUCGGAGUCUCAUUUGAGAGGGAAAGAUCAGAGAGAGGGAUUAUUAGAGACAGAGAGGACCGUAUUACGAUGGAGAUUUAUUAGAGAUGGAAACUUAUUUGAGAGUGGGACUUAAUAAGAGAAUUUAAACGAUCAACACUCCCUCAUGAGAGAAAUCUUCUUUUAAUUUCAGCACCGCAAUGUCGGAAAAAGGCAAAUGAGAUCGAGGAAUUGAUAGAAAUGUACAGGAUGUUGGGUAUUGAUCUGCAGGACAUUAGCCCGCCAGAAUGCGACAGCGAGGGCUAUUAUAAACCACGUCAAUGUCAAUUUAACGGCUGUCGAUGUGUUGACCGCUAUGGUUCCCCUACAUCGGAGUUCAUUCCUAACGGAUUUGGUUUCGCCUGUCAAACACGAGCUAUUUUCGUUGACGAAUCUUCACAAUAAACAGACACCGCCUUUAAACUUUACAUAGUUAUGCCGUGAAGUUUAAUUUAGUUUACGUAUAACCAAUAGAUAUUUUGAUCAAAAGGGGGGCCAUAUAGAAACCUUGUGACGCAUUGUUGAAUAUCCAGCAACGUGUUUCAAACUAAAAUUAUUGUUACUUUUUACAGCAAUAACACACAUAUAUAUUUCAGAAUUGUAACUAAAACUGAUAAAAUCGAGAAAUUAAAUAACACCGAACAAAUAUUUACAUAAUUGCUGCCGAGCGCACGCAGAGAAGCAGCAACACCAAGCCGCCCAGCAGCACACCAGUCUUUUG